GCUCGUCGGGUGUUUCUCACUGCGGCUCGUUCCCUGCUGACUUACGGAAACAGAACUCCUCCAGAAUAUACUUCAACAUCAAAUGUUCACAGUGCACAAACGCCUUACAGCUCUGAUGACUUUUGUCCGAGAGAAUUUGUGGAUGUGGAAAUCAACCGGACAGAAGCUCCGUUGGCUGCUUGGAUUCGGAACAAAUUGGCACCACUUUUAUACCCAAAUUUGGUUGUCGGUCCAGAGCCUUCUUUAAUCCCUGUAAGAAUGACCCUAAGCGAAGCUCCAAGCAUACCACCAAGGAGUGCGCAGGUAGUGAAGAAAACCACGGCAAAGCUUCCGACAUCUAAGACUAUCGAAACCAUGUCUUGUAUGACUGUUCGGCACUGUAAAAAUAUUUCCAAUAAAAGUCGCUCUUCAUCACCAGCUUUCAACCAAAAGACCUCUUCUGUCGCAAUGCUUAUGGACCAACCACCGACUCCUCCACCGAGAAGAAAGAUUUCUAUUGUACAAGAAACUGAGUUUGCUAAUGAACGUCAAUCUGAAUCCGAACAUCCUCACUUUUUCCGAGUUGCUCUGGAGCCUGCUUAUGAUCUGGUGCCCCUGUCUGAGUCUGAAAAUUAUAGCAGUAUGAGCGAAUGUGAAGAAGACGAGGAUGUGGAUCGGCAGCGGGAGGAUUUCUCCGACUGUAUGAAUGAACCUACUUACGGUGGUCGUUCCUUAGGGUCUGAAGCCGAACUAAGAACUGAACAGAAUGCCGUCCUGCGGUCGGCUCUGCGACGAUGUUCUCGUUCGCUGCGACCACUUCUUCCUGUUCCUGCCUUAUCUAUGGUAAUGGAUGCGUUUCGUUCGACGAAGAAACUUCCCAGUGCUGAUGAAUACUACGAGUCAAUCGAUUGGAUACGUGGGCCCAUUCUUGGCCACGGAGCAUUUUCUCAUUGCUACCAGGCUAGAGACACAAGAACGGGCUUACUCAUGGCUGUGAAGCGGAUUCGGUUAGGUGGCGGAUCCGUAUUUCCUGUGCCAACUGAUAAAUCUAAGGCCAAUAAAGUGCCCGGCUCUGAAGGACUUGUUAAUGGUGCUAAUCCAGACGGGCCGCCUAAAGGCGAAAAUCCUCGGCUGCAGAAGACCAGUGGAGUUUUGUCCGCAGAGGCCGCUGCACAGCUAUCCGAAGUACAGGCGGAG